AUGUCUUCGAACUCUGGUAGCCCCGGCGCAAACGGUGCCGGAGCGGAUGAGAAGCCUCGCUUGACCGAGACGGAAAAGAAGCAGAAUCACAUCGCGUCAGAACAAAAGCGUCGCGAAGCCAUCAGAUCCGGGUUCGACCGGCUGUGCGAGCUGAUACCCGGGCUCGAGGGCCAAGGGCGCUCCGAAGGUCUUGUCCUGAAGCGCACCGUCGAGUACAUCCGCGAGCAACUCGAGACAAGGCGGCAGCUGGUACAGGAGCGCGAGGCCCGCGGCGAGAUAGUGGACGAAAAGCUCAAGGAGCCCCUCAAGAUCCUCGAGAAACUCGAGGAGGCAGACAAACACAAGGUAUUUCAGGAGGGUGAUGAGGACGAGUUGUGA